GCGUAAGCCCCGAGCGGAGCCGAGACCCAGCGGAGCCUGAAUCCCGAUAAGACAAGAUGGCCGGGCUACCCCGCAGAAUCAUUAAGAAUGAUCUGAGGAUUGAAAGGGCCCCACAGAAAAGUUCCAGCCCAAACAGUGGCUGGUAGGCCAAGAUGAAGACCCCUGCUAAUUGGCAUACGCGUGAAGCACCAGUUCCCAAGGAAACCCAACGCUUGCUGGCAGAACCUGUUCCUGGAAUAAAAGCAGAGCCAGAUGAAAGCAAUGCACGUUAUUUUCAUGUGGUUAUUGCAGGUCCACAAGAUUCCCCUUUUGAGGGUGGGACAUUUAAACUUGAACUAUUCCUUCCAGAAGAAUACCCAAUGGCAGCUCCGAAAGUACGUUUCAUGACCAAAAUUUAUCAUCCUAACGUAGACAAAUUGGGAAGAAUAUGUUUAGAUAUUUUGAAAGAUAAAUGGUCCCCAGCUUUGCAGAUCCGCACAGUUCUGCUAUCAAUCCAGGCUUUGUUAAGCGCUCCAAAUCCAGAUGAUCCACUAGCAAAUGACGUAGCUGAGCAGUGGAAGACCAAUGAAGCCCAAGCCAUAGAAACAGCCAGAGCAUGGACUAGGCUAUAUGCCAUGAAUAAUAUUUAAUAUGUGCUCUGAAUCAGUGUGCAUCACUUUUUCCUGUUCUGCCAAGACCUCUUCCUUUUUUGUUUGCAUUUAAUGGACACAGUCUUAGAAAACAAUACAGAAUAAAACCCAGACAUCAGUUCUUUGGUGGUUUAAAUGCACACUAGCAAAUCUGUGUCUUGUCCUAAUUCACUCCUGUUCCGCAUGAGCAGAGGCUAGAAGUAUCAUCGGGAUUAUUUGUGAAAUUGUUUAAAAGCAGUAGCACACCUCUGCUUUUAAUAAAUUUUUCCCAUCAUGAGCUAAGUGUGAGCACUGUGAAUGAAAGUAGUCAGGGUUAGCUGCAGGGAUUUUUGUUCUAAUUGUGUGGGCUCUUUCUCCCCUUUUUAUGGUGAUGCUAAUUGCAUUGGUUAAAGCAGCUAACCAGUUAUAUUAUAGAAUCUGCCCUCUAGCCAAGUCUAACUUAGACACUGUAGAUGGACAAGCUUGGUUGUUUGAACAAAAAUGGGAACAUUAAACAUCCAUUCACUAAUAAUAUUGUGAUUCUGCUGUCAAGUGUAAAAAACCCUCCCUUCAGGGAAUAAAAGCUUGUGACCAUUUUGUAUGGCUUGUCUGGAAAAUCUUCUGUAAAUCUUAUGUUUUAGUAAAAUAUUUUGUUAUUCUACUUUGCCUUUGUACAGUUUGUUUUGCUGUGUUCUUUUUUCACAUUUCCAUUGUGACAAUCGUAUUUUUUUUUAAAGAAAAUGAAGCCAGAUUGGAGCAUUUUGAUUUUUUUACCAACUUAAUGGAUGUAGUGAAAACAUUGGAUGUUUUGCUGGCUUGUAUUAAUAGACCAUACCUCAUUAGUGUUCAUAAUCCUUGUUUUUGUUUUUUUAAAAGCCUCUGGUAAAUGUAGUUGCUUAUCAGAGUCAUAAGUAGGUUAGAUGCAUCCUUUAUAUGUAUGUACUUGCAAGUACCACUGAAGCAGGAAACUAGCAAAGCAAACAGCAAUUUGAGUGUAUGUGUAAUUUGUCUGUCUUGUGCUAAGUAUUAUGAGGUAUCAGACUACACAUUUAAAGGUGACUUGCAUCUUAAGGCAAACUAACAAAAUCUUCUGUAUAAAACAAGAUGUUACAAUACAGGCAAAUUGGUUAGAGUACAGGUGAAUUGGUUCUUAAUGUAUUUACAGCAAGCCUUGUUAACUCUGGACUUACCUGCAAUCAUUAAAUGAUUAAUUUUCCCCUUAUCUCUUUUGUUUGGGCAAAAAAAAAAUCUAUUGUUUUUUUAAGCCAUCUUGUUUAAAUGUAAAUAACAGACGGAGCAGAUUUUGACUGAAUUUCCAACUUCUAUGUCCCCUAAAACUUCCUCUUCUGGCCCUACUUCUUUCCCUUGACUAUCUUCUGAUCUCUCUGCUUUCACUGUAAUGCCAGCUUGCCAUGGCUAAUGUCUUGUCUUGCAGUUCAGGAUGGAUAGUAUAGGUCUCUGCCCAUCAUACCUGUUCUAGCAUCAUUGGGGGUUUCUCUAGAAUGUGGUGUAUGUAUUGUGCUCUUAUGUAAGAUAAAGAAUAUCUAUUAAAAUCACAUUUUCAACAGACAAAAUGCUUUUAGUGAUGGUAUUGUCCCUCAAAUUAACUGCAUUAUAGCACAACAAAAAGGCUGCUAAUAAUGUACUUCAACAAGAAAGAGACCAUUCCCCCAAAUUGUGUUUAGCUGAGGUUCUGUAUGGGAUAGUAUCUGGGGUUGAAUCUAGUCUUUCUCUGUUACUUGAUUAAUGGCACCACUGCUGUAACAGAACUGUUCAUACAUUUUAAAUUGCUAUGCAUUUCAUUGAUUAGAAUGAAUAUAUACAAAUCAAUAGUUAUAUUGAAGUGUAAUCCUAAGUGUGUUUUACUCAGGAAGGAGUUCCCCCCUAGUAAACCUGCUUAGUCUUACAAUCUUAAUUUUAAGAAAACAUGUUUACUUGAUCCUCACAUUGCAAAUAGUUUUGUGUAUUUUGACACUCACAGAUAUGUUAGCGCUUUUCUGAUAUUCAGAAUGCUUUGACACUCUUGUUUUUAAAUGUUUCUGACAGCAGAGGUUUUACAUUUGUGUACCUUACCUUCUGGGAUUAAACCACUGAAAUGUAUUCCUAGAAAAAAAUGACGCACAAGCUGUUCUUAAAACAUACCAAGCACCAUUUUGAAGUACACGUGACCAGCUGUGUUAUUAGAACUUAGCUGGAUUAUGCCCUGUGUUUGAAAGCAAACAUUAAGCACUUAGUGCUGAAUUUCAGUGAGAAGGUUGUAGUUUGAUCCUAAGCAUGCUUGUUUGCAGUAAGUGUCACUGAGUUCAGUGGACUUUGUUCUUUCAUGUGUAUGCAUAGGAUUGCACACUUAAGCAUAUGGAUAAGUGUCUGCUGUUGACAUAACCAUGACUUAAUAAUGUUUAAAUUUUGUUUUGUACCUUCUUCCCCUUCUUGUGUGUAGUCAAUAUCUGUAAAUGUACAUAAGCAACUAUUUGAAACAAGAUCUUAAACUCUGGCAGCAGUGCUCAAGGGAGGUGUGUGCACUAAGCACUGGAUGUUUUUCCUUGUGUAAGUUGUCUGUGGAAUCUUGCACUGCAUUCAAAACCCACUAAAAUUGUUUUGGAUCUUGUUGCAAAAGCUGCUUUAUAGGAAUCUGUUACUGUUGUGUAUGCUUCUUGUCUUUAAGUACAUUGAAAAACAGUUCUUGUGCCAAAUCCCCCACCCUGUUUUCUAAAAUAAGGAAUUUGCGUAUUCCAUAGGACAGUAGUUAAGAGGGAAACUCCAAAAUGCCCCUCUCAGUUCUAGCUCUGUUAAAGAGUGAUUUUAAUUAAAGUUAAAAUGACUUUUAUCUCUCAAUCCUAUCUGUGUCUCUCAACCAUUUUAAUUCUAGCAGUGUAACUAGAGUUAUUGAGGGAUACUUGAAUUUUGUCUGUGUGUAUUUGAUGGAACUGAUGAUAUCUGAUAUAAAACUGUGUCUCCACCCCUUUAGAAAAAUCUAAUUUACAAAAUUAACUCAAACUACAAUUCACAGCCCAUGUAUACUAAUGCAGCUCUGCUGAGUAUGUGUUCUAAACAACUAUUCAAUGAUAAAUAGGUCAUAUAUUGUAGAUUGUUUUGCAUCUGAACUGGCUGGAAUAAUUCCAUUGUCCUUAAUAACACAAGUCAAAUUAUUUUUUAACCUACCCAAUUAGAUCUGUAGUUUGGAAAUGUAUUUGCUUUAUGAUAGUGAAUAACUAGUAAAUGACUGUAUUUCUUUUCUGAAUUUCAUUACAGGUGUUUCACGUUACUCCUGGUGCUAAUAAUUCAUUGAGUUAAAGAUUUCCCUGGUGUAUAUACCAAAUUAUGAGCCCCAAGCUUAAAUUAAAAUAAUGUUUACAGUAAUAAUCUUUUUCCUGAAGUUAGUAACUAUAGAUAGAUCUUAUAUCUGUAGUAAAAUGUUCUUGAAAGGAGGAAAACCUAAAUGAUAUACAUCCAUGCUUUGCAUGGAUAAGCUUUGUAAGUGACAAAUGAAAAUAGUGACUAUCGAGUAAUUUAUAGCUAAAAUAAAUGUAGUUUCUGCUUUUAACAGAAGCAUAUUUCCAGCACAUUAUGGUUACUGUAAAGCAUUAUCUGGGGUAGUUGAAUCAGAUUUUGUAUAUUUGAGCUUAAUGUACAUUCCUAUCAUUUUCAGGGUUAUUUUAACGUGAUAGAUUCUGUUUAACAUCUUCUGACUGUAAUGUAAUGGCACUGAAAUAAAAGGAAGAGUGAUUAUUCCUUA